AUGCACACUGUCCUACAAAGGGUUCAGUCGUCGGCAGAACCCGUUCCACGCCGGCGCAAGCGCAGUAACGUAGAAUGUUAUUACCUUAGCAACCGGGAAGCGCGGGCGCAACGGCACACGAACGAGAGGGAAGACGGAGAAAGCUACAGGAGGGACAGGGAUGCAGCUCGUCAGAGGAGGCACGGGGUCAGUGAAAGUGCAUUGCCAUUGCACACAGACGAUGAGAAAAGUACAUCUAAACGUGUGUGA